CACAUUCCCAUCUACCAUCAUUAGACAGGUUCACUCAGACAUGAGUGUUAGUGCACCUUUCCUUGUGCUAGAUGAAAACAAGAAGAUGAUGCUUUUGCCAUUGACUCUCCUUCACAAGGAAGCUCCUGAUCCUGUAGACACUUCUUCCUGGACACAAGUUCCUAGCGUUUCUACAAAAUCCAAGUUUCCUCUUCAAAAAUGGGUUCAUGUGGGUUGUGAGGUUUCUAGAAAUUUCAUGAGGCUUUUUAUUGAUGGAAAUAUUGAAGGAGAGCAGUUUGUGACUUCUUUGCUGACAAAGAACACCAAUCCCGAGUGUCCUCGAAAGAUAUCGCUAUUUAGUGUUGGCGGGGAUGGUUAUAGCGUUCAAGGUUUCAUCCAAUGUGCACAAGUCUUACCUGCUAGUGAUCAUGUGGAGCAUCAUUAUAUGAAGGACCCACCUCUAUUGUUAUCUGUCAAUAAAUCAUCCUCAUCGGGGAUCAAAUUAGAUGAUGAUGGUGUUUGGCAGGCAUCUUGCAGGGAGAUUUUUUCCUUGGAUGUUGUUUUAUCCAAUGCCAUUGGCCAGCCUGUGCACAAGGAUGUGGAGGUUGUUGCAUCACUACUGUAUGCCGAUACACUUGUGGAGGCCAGGAUGAGUGAAGCUGAGGCUCCUCUUUUGGUAAGAGAUGAAGGAGUUGAAUUCUCAUCUGGUGAUAGACCGAUCAAAUUAUUAAACGGACGCUCAUCCUUUAAGCUCAAGAUCUCUCAGCUUUCCUCCAAGAGUGAUAACAGAUUGUUCUGGAUUAAAUUUGGAAUACGAAAUGCUAAAGAUUAUCCUUUUCUUCAAGCUGUUUCCAAUCCAAUCCGUUGCAUUUCGAUCAGUCCUGAUGUCCGGCCACUUUCUGUUACUCCGAAAAGGUUGACCAACAUUGACCAUCUAUCAAGUACCGAGUCUCCGGACCUUCUACAGAACACGUCCUCAGUUAAACGAAUCAGGUUGGGCAAAGAAAGUGUUUCUGGGAGCGAGGAAUCAUAUCAACAAUGCAACUCUCGUCCCCAAACCUCAAGACAGUUUGAGAAUGGAAAUGGCAUGAGAUUGCACGAAGAAGAUAACUCUUCAACUGAUUCAGAAAACUCGGAAAUGAGAUAUACAAUCUCAGAUUCCACCAUCUUUAGAUACUGCCUUGGAAACAUAAUCGACAAAUCUCUACUUCUAAAGGAAAUCACAAACAACUCAUCAGACGAUGAAGUUUUGGAAUUUGCAAAUCAGGUUUCUCUGUACUCUGGAUGUUCACACCAUAGCUAUCAAAUCAACAUGGCAAGAGAGCUAAUAGCCGAAGGAACAAAUGCAUGGAUAUUGAUAUCUCGGAACAAUCAACAUGUUCUUUGGGACAAUGUGGUCUAUGAGAUUGAAGAACAUUUCAUGAGGAUUUCAAAAUGCAGCAGUAGAUCACUCACCCACCAGGAUUUUGAGCUUCUAAGGAGAAUAUCAGGAUGCUACGAGUACGUAACUCAGGUGAAUUUUGAGAAAAUGUGGUGUUGGUUGUUCCCUGUUGCUUACUCCAUAUCCCGGGGCUUGAUAAACGGAAUGUGGCGUUCUUCGUCGCCUAAAUGGAUUGAAGGAUUCAUCACUAAGGAAGAAGCAGAACAUUCGCUUCAAGGCCAAGAACCCGGAACCUUCAUACUCCGUUUCCCUAUUUCAAGAAUCUGGCCUCACCCUGAUGCUGGUAGUUUGGUAGUGACUUAUGUUGGUCAUGAUUUCGCUCUUCAUCAUAAGCAACUCAAGAUCGAUAACAUCUGCGAAAGUAGUGAAAGGUACAUGGAUGCAAAACCGCUGCAAGAUAUGUUGUUGGCUGAACCGGAGCUCUCUCGGCUAGGAAGGAUCAUAAGAAGCCAUUGAAUGAUAUGUGUGACGUUUCUACAUUUUCGAAUAUACAGACGCUUAAUCUCUCUUACAGUUAGUAAAUUUGUAUAAGCUAAGAGGGCUUAGCUAAGUCAGUCUCAAAUUAAUGUUAAAAUCACAA